AUGGAGACCUGGGUGCGCUUCAGCGCCCAGAGCCAGGCCAAGGAGCGGCUCUUCAGGGCCGCGCAAUACGCCUGUGCCCUGGCGGGGGACACGCUGCGGAGGAACGGGGCGAGCGCCGGGGUCCUGGCCAGCGUUCGGCAGCUGGAGGCUCACCUCAGCCUGGGCCGCAAGCUGCUGCGCUUGGGCAGCUCGGCCGAGGCGCUGGAGGCGGCGAAGCGGGCCAUCCACCUGUCGGACAUGGUGCUGCGGUUCUGCGUCACCCUCAGCCACCUCAACAGGGCCAUGUACUUCGCCUGCGACAACGUCCUCUGGGCGGGGAAGACGGGGCUCGUCCCCAGCGUGGACCAGGAGAAGUGGAGCCAGAGGUCCUUCAGGUAUUACCUCUUUGCCCUCGUCGUGAACCUGAGCCGGGACGCCUACGAGAUCCGGAUCCUGAUGGAGCGCGAGGCGGGUGGGAAGCGAGCGAAAGGCAACGAGAACGGGCGCCAGCUCCGGGCUGACAACGGGCUCCAGCAGCUGGGGCUGAGGCUGCAGAUCCAGCUCCGGCUUCUGCUCCGCGUCCUUCGGAACAACCCUCCUCUGCUGCUGGACGUGGUGAAAAACGCCUGCGACCUUUUUAUCCCGCUGGACAAGCUGGGGCUGUACAAAACCAACCCGGGCUUUGUGGGGCUGUGCGGCCUCACCUCUUCCAUCCUCUCCAUCCUCACCAUCCUUCAUCCCUGGCUCAAACUGAAGCCUUAGUUGUCCUCGGAGCCUGCCUCCGGCCUCAAAGCCGGCGUAGGCGGAUAUUUGGGGACCCCGGGGGAGGCGUUAUUCCUGGGGCUGGGACACGACUAAAGCUGACUCUAUCGGUCCCGUUGCCCGCGGCUGCGCGUUCCCGGCGCGCCUGGCUGCUUUCAUAAACGGGCCGUGGAGGUGGGAGGAAGGUGGAGGGAGCUGGCGGCGGCGGAGCCG